CUAUCAUCUGUCACCAUUCCUAUGUCGUCGGUCGAAUACAGACCGGGACCUCCACUCACCAGGUACCGCGUCCUCUCCUACCUGUUCCAUCAUAUAUGCUGCGAAGAUCAUCUCCUACCUCGCAAUUUUCUCUCCUAAAUGCGAAAAAGUUCUCCUGCUGGUUUUCGACUUGUCACCAUCAGCCCCUGUCACGCCUACAGCCAUGGCGCCCGAUAGGGGAAGUGGCGUUGAUCCUAUCCGCGGGGAGCCCUCCGAGGCCGCAGCGCACGUCAAGCGCCUUCCGGAGGGCCACCAUUUCACGAUCCGGGGCGUUGCUGUUGGUCUACUCGUGGGCCUGGUCAUCUGCUUCUCGAACAUGUAUUUUGGCCUGCAGACGGGAUGGGUCAGCAUGAUGACCAUGCCCGCUAGCCUUCUAGGCUUCGGCAUUUUUAAGACCCUGUCUCGCCACCUCGCUUUCCCCUUCUCGCCGGUGGAGAAUGUGCUUGUGCAGUCCGUGGCGGGCGGGAUGGCCACAAUGCCCCUGGGUUGCGGCUUCGUAGGUGUGAUACCGGCGAUGGAGUAUCUGCUAACUGCCGCAGAGCAAGGCCCGAUAUUGCUGAGCAUGUGGAAGUUGAUCAUCUGGUCUCUGGGUCUUUGUUACUUUGGCGUCGUGUUCGCUGUCCCGCUGCGGCGCCAAGUGAUCAUUAGGGAGCAACUGAGGUUUCCAAGCGGGUUCAGUACCGCUGUUCUCAUCGGGGUCCUCCAUGGUAAGGGGCAGGUUCAAAACGGCGGGACUCUGGACUCAUCCAAGGUUGCAACAUUUGGGAGUUUGGCGUUUGAGAAUCGACCCCUUCUGCUGGCAGAAGGCGUCGAUACCGAAGACGACACAUCCGACCUGGAUAACGGCCUACCGCCCGCCGAGACGACAAAGGCACAGAGUUGGAGUUCCAAUAUCCGACUGCUUCUGAUCACGUUUGGGAUAUCCGGCUUCUACACCCUCUGCACGUACUUCUUCCCUGUGCUUCGCAAUCUCCCCGUCUUCGGGAAGGUAGCAGCUGAAACUUGGCUAUGGACUCUAAACCCAAGUUUCGCGUACGUCGGCCAGGGAAUCAUCAUGGGCCCCUCCACAACGAUUCAUAUGCUUCUAGGAGCGGUAGUCGGCUGGGGCAUUUUAUCCCCGCUUGCAAAAUUUCGUGGUUGGGCACCGGGAUCGGUCGAUGACUGGGAGACUGGCAGCAAGGGGUGGAUUGUUUGGACGUCUCUCGCCAUCAUGCUCGCAGAUGCUGUUGUCAGUCUAGGCUAUAUAGCCUCUAGCCCCCUCCUCAAACAUGGGCCUUCCUUUUUCUUAGCCCUCAAGCGGCGCGUCCAACGAAACGAGCUUAGUGGGUUGUUCCUCCGUCGAGCCAACGGCUACACAGUCAUCCGGGAUAACGAGGAUGAUUCUAGACCUACGGUUGCCACAAGAAGCUCAGAGGACGCCGACAUCCCUUCAAACAGAGUCCGCGAAAGCCGGAAUCCCUUUAACUCCCAGCCAAUGCCUCCCCAGGGGGUAUGGGAUUACGACGAUGCCCCCCCCGAGCAGUUGGUCGGGAACAAAACCGUCGGCAUCGGCCUCGUCGUAUCGGUUCUCGUCUGCGUCGCUAGCAUCCAUAUCACAUUCGGUAAUCUAGUGCCCCUAUACGCUACCGUCAUAGCCGUCUUGAUGGCCAUGGUCUUGAGUAUCAUGGGCGUGCGAGCGUUAGGGGAGACAGACUUAAACCCCGUUUCCGGCAUCAGUAAAUUAGCACAGCUUUUUUUCGCCUUCAUCAUACCUCAAUCUCACAAGGCCAGCGUGCUCAUCAACUUGGUGGCGGGCGCUGUAUCAGAAGCCGGUGCGUUGCAGGCUGGUGACCUAAUGCAAGACCUGAAGACUGGCCACUUACUGGGCGCGGCACCCAAGGCGCAAUUCUGGGGCCAGAUUAUCGGCGCGACCGUGGGAGCAGUCAUAAGUGCCUUCAUAUACAGGCUAUACACCGCCGUCUACACGGUGCCGGGCGACCUAUUUCAGGUACCGACUGCCCUCGUAUGGAUCCUCACUGCGAGGUUAGUAACUGGAAAGGGGCUGCCUCCCAUGGCGAGGGAGUUUGUGAUCGGGUCAGCUCUUAUAUUCGCUAUCUCAACUGCCCUACGCGCGAAGAUGAUGGGAACACGCUGGCAUGCUUAUAUACCUGGCGGGAUCGCCGUGGCAGUUGGCAUGUAUAACAUUCCGUCCUUCACCCUAGCAAGAACGAUAGGUGGGGUUGUGAACUGGUAUUGGAGAGCCUAUCUGGGAAGAGAUGACACGCCUCUCAUAGUUCUUGCAUCGGGAUUCAUCUUAGGAGAGGGGUUCCUGAGCAUCGUAAAUUUACUACUACAGAGCUCUCAGGUUUCUCACCUGUGAAGGCAACCAGGUAAUGUCGCGUACCAAUCGAAAUAGAUCUGUGUUUUUAUAUAGAGGGAGCAGCGCCUAGUUCUAUCGCAUCCGGCCUAUGGGCGUCCAACUUGCCUUUCAAAUGGCGCGUUCCUUGCUCGCGGUGACCUGUGGAGAUGGAUGGGACUUGUGACAUUCUAAGAUUCCCGAGAGAGCAGAGCAUCUCCUAACGGCUUCAGCACCGCACGACGGCAAUUUCAAUUGUCGCAUCGGCCCCGCUGCAAGUAGAGCGAAUCAUUUUACGCCGGGACAACAGAAGCCGACGAGCUGUGACUGACAACUCCAGAGCUUGGAGACUCCGAAGGCAGGAUUCAUGAUCAGGACCGAUCGAUGCCCGAGCCGCGGCUAA